GGGCGGGGCGAGGAGAGGGCGCGAGCGGCGUAUUUAGGGUUCGCUCCUCCUCCAUCAGCGCGCCGCGCCGCCGGGGGAUACAUCUCCUGCAACCCCUGCUCCGCACGUCCCCGGGAGCCCGCCGCCCGAUCGGACAGGACGCGGGGAGAGCGUCCCCGGGAGCCCGCAGCGCGCGCGGAGAGAACGUCCCGCGGAGUCCGCAGCCUGCGUACGCCCCUGCGCGCGCGGAGAGGACGCCCCCGGGAGCCCGCAGUGCGCGCGGAGAGAGCGUUCCCGGAGCCCCGCAGAGCGCGCGGAGAGGACGCCCCGGGGCCGCAGCGCGCUCGCUCCCUGGCCGGACGGCACUGGACCCGGGCGAGCCGCGCGCCGCGAUGGAGCCGGCAGUGUCCCUGGCGGUGUGCGCCCUGCUCUUCUUGCUGUGGAUCCGGGUGAAGGGGCUGGAGUUUGUCAUCAUCCACCAGCGCUGGGUGUUCGUGUGCCUCUUUCUCCUGCCGCUGUCCUUCAUCUUCGACAUCUACUAUUACCUGCGCGCCUGGGUGGUGUUCCGGCUCAACAGCGCGCCGCGCCAGCACCAGCAGCGGGUUCGGGACAUCCAGAAGCAGGUACGGGAAUGGAAGGAGGAAGGGAGCAAGACGUUUAUGUGCACGGGCCGGCCGGGCUGGCUCACUGUGUCGCUGCGUGUCGGAAAGUACAAGAAAACCCACAAGAACAUUAUGAUUAAUCUGAUGGACAUCCUGGAAGUGGACACCAAGCGGCAGAUUGUCUCUGUGGAGCCUUUGGUCACCAUGGGGCAGGUGACAGCUCUGCUGAAUUCUGUCGGCUGGACUCUGCCGGUUCUCCCUGAGUUGGAUGAUCUCACAGUAGGAGGCCUGAUCAUGGGCACCGGCAUUGAGUCCUCAUCUCAUAGGUUUGGAUUGUUCCAGCACAUUUGCACAGCCUAUGAACUGGUCCUGUCCGAUGGGAGCUUUGUGCGGUGUACUCCGACAGAGAACUCGGACCUGUUCUAUGCUGUGCCCUGGUCCUGUGGCACCCUGGGCUUCCUGGUUGCUGCAGAGAUCCGGAUCAUCCCUGCCAAGAAAUACGUGAAGCUGCGGCUGGAGCCUGUGCGUGGCCUGAAGGAGAUCUGCGCAAAGUUCACGGAGGAGUCCCAACAGAAGGAGAACCAUUUCGUGGAAGGCCUGCUGUACUCUGUGGAUGAGGCCGUCAUCAUGACGGGAGUCAUGACAGACGACGUGGAUCCCAGCAAGCUGAACCGAAUUGGUGACUACUACAAACCCUGGUUCUUCAAGCAUGUGGAGGAGUAUCUGAAGAAAGACCAGAAGGGGCUGGAGUACAUCCCCUUGCGACACUAUUACCACCGGCACACACGCAGCAUCUUCUGGGAACUCCAGGAUAUCAUCCCCUUUGGCAACAAUCCCAUCUUCCGCUACCUCUUCGGCUGGCUGGUGCCUCCCAAGAUCUCUCUGCUGAAGCUGACCCAGGGCGAGACCCUGCGCAAACUGUACGAACAACACCACGUGGUACAAGACAUGCUGGUCCCCAUGAAGGUGCUGGAGCGGGCCAUCCAGACCUUCCACAACGACCUCCACGUGUAUCCCAUCUGGCUGUGCCCAUUCAUCUUGCCCAGCCAGCCAGGCAUGGUCCACCCCAAGGGCGAUGAGACGGAGCUCUACGUUGACAUUGGGGCCUACGGAGAGCCCCAGGUGAAACACUUUGAAGCCCGGUCUUGCAUGAGGCAGAUGGAGAAGUUUGUCCGAAGCGUGCAUGGGUUCCAGAUGCUGUAUGCUGACUGCUAUAUGAACCGGGAGGAGUUCUGGGAGAUGUUUGAUGGCUCCCUGUACCACAAGCUUCGGAAGGAGCUGAACUGCCAGGAUGCCUUCCCCGAGGUGUUUGAUAAGAUCUGUAAGGCCGCCAGGCACUGAGCCUCCCCCUCCCCGAGCCCCAGCCCAUGCCCUGGAACACACACCGGGCAUUUCCCUGCCUGGGUCAGGUUCAGCUGCUCUGCCCACCUGCUCCGCCUUCUUUUAAACAGCCUUUCUCUUAGAACAAAGAGGAUCCGCCUUUUCCUCUCAGCCCCUGCCAGCAGACUUAUGGAAAGUCCCCAAAGCCAGAGUUCCAUGGAAGCACUUUGGAUUGCUCCUGACCGUGCUUACGAGGCUCAGGAAGGUGCCUUCAGGAGCUGCCCCUGCACAUGCCUGGUGGCCUCUGGGCAAGUGGCAUUUCCAGGAAAGGGAGGAGCUCCUUUGGGGCGUACACGGGUCUUUGCCAAAGUCCGUAUCUCUCGGCUAGCUUCCUCCCCCCACCUUUCCAAGUCCUCUCUCACCCAGGCAGCAUCGAAUGAAUGACCUUUCCACAGACCCCACUGCGGCCAUGCCCGGCCCCAUUAGGUAGAGCCGGCCAUCAGUGCCUUGCACGUAGUGGGCACUUCAUAAAUGCUUUGCGAAUCUCCAGUGGCUCUGGCUUAAGGGGACUGGGUGCUGAAGCCAUUUCCCUCAGGGAGUGGGAGGCUCCAGAUGCUGCCAGAGCAUGCUGGAGUGUGGUGGUACUGCUCCCCACCGCCAUCAGCCUGGCAAGGCCUUAUGGGUCUGUGCUAGCCUUGCCUGUGGAGUCAAGAAGAUGGCCUGGGGGCCUGAGUGACCACGAUGCUUCACUGGGCUUGGGUGAGAUGCGGUGUGACCCCAGCAUGAAAUCGACCAACAGUAUUAUCUUGCAGCUUCUCCCACCUUAAGUUGUCCCUCCUCCUGCCCACCUCCUCCUGCCCACCUCUUAAAAAUGGCUGACCACGGUUCACUUCAGUGCCUUACAAAAAUCCUACGCCUGGCGAGAGUUUGGAAUGGUUCGUGUCUCCCCUUCCCUGGGGAGAGGACCCCUCCCAAAGGGGACCUGCCAUUUGUCCUGAUUGAUGACUUCAUCCUGAUUUAUGCAGAGCUCAUUUUGGGAGCUCCCUGGUACAAACAGACUCCAGACUGGAGGAGGCUGAACUGGACUGCAAGAUCGACUGGGGGUGCCCGAGCUGUGCCCAGGCCCUGGCUGUGGUCACACGGCCUCUCCGGGGCACAGUGUCUGUGUCUGCCAAACAAGGGCAUCGGACCAGAGGACCCUCUUCACUGCUCAGCUUUUCAGAAUUUCCUCUUCCUUAGGGUUGGGAAGGCUGCAAGAAUCACCUCAUUGUGUGUUGGCAGACCAGCCUGGCAGGAUCCACUCGCUUUUUCUUAGCUUAAGUCAUCCCCAAAAGGGCUUGUGGUGAAGAAGCCCAGACGCGUCGGCCCCCUCUAGUGGUCAUAGCCAGAGGCUGCUGGCAGGCGGCUCCUUCCCAGCUCUGGUCCGAUGCACUCUGCCAUGUGUCUUAACCAUACGUGCUAUGCAUUGCUUAGGGUAUUGUUAGCUCUCUGGCGGGAAGGGAUGACCCUGGCCCCUGGGAGGACUUCUGCCUCAUGUUCCCUGCACGAGCCCAUGAUUCUACUUGGUGUAGAGGAGAGGUCAUCAGCAGGAACUGAGCCCAGCCUAGUGAUCCGGCCUCGGCCCAGCACCAUCUGCAGCCUGGAGUGCAUACAGGAAGAGGCCCGAGGUCUAUGCGGAAGCCUCCAAGAGCCCUCAGAUUUUGAAUCCAUGUAGCAUCUAGAAUCAGAAAGCAGUUUGUUUUAGAAUUUGCCUCAGGUUUCUGCUUCAUCUCAGUGUAACUCCUGGAUGUCCUUGGACAAGUCACUUAGAGCAUCUUCUGUAGCAUGAGCGAAUCAGACUUGGUGACCACCAAAGGCUUCUCCAGCACCAGUGUUUUGCAAUGGAGUUUUCUCCCAGCUCUGACAUCCCCUUUUCUCAGGCCCCUUCCAGCCCUGACAUUCCCAGCUCUAAGGCCCCUCCCAGCUCUGACAUCCCCUGUUCUCAGGCCUCUUCCAGCCCUGACAUUCCCAGCUCUAAGGCCCCUCCCAGCUCUGACAUCCCCUUUUCUCAGGCCCCUUCCAGCCCUGACAUUCCCAGCUCUAAGGCCCCUCCCAGCUCUGACAUCCCCUGUUCUCAGGCCUCUCCCAGCCCUGACAUUCCCAGCUCUAAGGCCCCUCCCAGCUCUGACAUCCCCUUUUCUCAGGCCCCUUCCAGCCCUGACAUUCCCAGCUCUGACAUCCCCUGUUCUCAGGCCCUUCCAGCCCUGACAUUCCCAGCUCUAAGGCCCCUCCCAGCUCUGACAUUUCCCUGUUCUAAGCCCUGCCUCCAACUCUGACAUCCCCUGUAUAAGGACCUUCCAGCUUUGGUGCAUUCUAUACUGUGAGGUAGAGAUGUCAGUGCUUGAGGCAAAUUAAUGGAAAACUGGGUAGGGCCCAAACCAGAUUAAAAUGGAAUUGGGAAAUAUUUAACAAAAGUAAUACAAAUACAACAAAGAUGAUGUUAAUUUGUGUUUUUCUAAGUCUGUAAUGCAGCUUGCUGAGUUUGAGGCUGCUGUCCUAAGGUCCCUCCCAGCUUUGACAUUCGGUCUUUGUUUGAGCUCUGAUAUUUUAUGCUCUGAAGGCCCUUUUAGCUCACAUCCUGGUCUAAUGUUUUGUGUUUCUAAGUUCCCUUUCAACUGUGACAUUAUAUUUUCUGAUAUGUUACCUGGGAAGAAAACACUGCAGCAUAUUUGGUCCACCAUAAGCCGCCCCUGGUUGGGGAGUUGCCUCCUAUGACUUCAGCUGGAGUCCAGACCCAGGGCAGAAAGUGUGCAUGUGAAGAGUGAAGCCGUGGCAGCCACAAGAGUGGUCUGGGUACCCUGUAUCUUGUGACUGGUGUAAGAAUUUUGAUUUCUUUUGUGAUGAACAAUGAGUAACUGAAUUGUGGGGGUGAGUGGGGGUAGGUACUGCUUAGACUACGGAGAGGAGGCAGGAGAGCUCGGGGGAGAACCCCUGGGCCCUCAGAGCCUGGGCAGCCCUGGUGAAGAAGCCAUGACUGUUCUUUCCAUCUCCUCAAUGUGUUUGUGUGGCUGUUGUCAAAAUAAAGUAACCCAGGAACCAU